ACAUACAACAUUCAUCGUUAACCUGUCUAUCGUUAUCCAAGCACGACACCACGUUGCACGGAAUGGGCUCAUCAGACGAGAAUAUUUCCGGUACGGAGCCUCUAAACGAGAAUUCUUCGAACCAGGAGCCUUCAAUCGAGGGAGCCUCGGAGCUGGAGACCCCGGAGCGGAUACCACCAAGGCAAAAUUCCUCGAGCAUAGCACCAUCAAGCAUUCGGUCAGCGAUAUUACAACCAGUCAGUACACGCCACCUUUUGGGAGCGAAAUCGGACGAGCCGCUCUUUCUACCUGCCAAAGCACCACGACAAUACCAGCGUAAUGUGAUACACCAUUGGGAGAGUGCAGGUUGCAAGGCGAUUUUCGACGAACUCAAAGAUCACGAAAUGGAUAUGCCACGACCUGCAGCGACAGUCGACGGCGAAGACAUCGUCGCCGAAGAAAACGACACCGCCAAUAAAGACAGCGCAGUUAGAGAUGCCAGUGUCGCUAAUGAAGACAACGGUGGUGAAGGUAACCUUGCUGGCGAAGACUACACAGGUUCUGCAAAAUUGGAAGACAUGUUUCGACGCGAGGUAGCGGAGAUCGUGGAGAUAGUCUACAACGAAAUGCUUACUACACGGAUGAUGAAGCAAUUGGGUGCUUAUAGGCAACCGGAACGCAUUCUACUUAGCAAAGCUUUGUUAGAUCCCAAACUCGGGCCCAAAUUCCGGUUUCGCGCGAGGCCUAUAGGUCAGAAUCUAGAGCCGAAGCCGAGACUGAUCGGCCAUGUAGAGUAUUUGGGAGGAAGACCGGGAGCGUUGACCUGGGCCGUUGAGGAGGCGGGCAAGAACUCUUGGGGGAGUCUGAGAUGCGUACUGGGAGAUAUAGCUUGGUGCAUGUUGAAGAUCAGCACAAGCUAUGGUUUCCUCGUGAGCAGCGAUGAGGUCAUGUUUCUACGUCUCGAUGUCAACACGUGUAUUGAAGAGGUUGACAUCAACAUACUCCAACCCGAGCUGUCUCCACUAUUCGACUGGGUCGAUGUCCUGCAAGAGCCACAUCUCUUCUACUCAGAUCCCAUCAAGUUUACCGAUGCAUUUGAUUCAGCGGAGGGAAAGAUUACGGUGAAGAUGGGUUUGUUGCAUAUGAUCCACGAAAUCGUAGUCAAGGAUUGGGAGUUGCAGGACAACAAAGGGAGAUGCGCUGGGUAUUUCAAGAGAACGGAGGCUGGAGAAAAAUGGGUGAUGAAGCCGCCGAGGAGACGGUAGGAGGUUGAGCGAUACAAUUAGGAUGUCUAGAAAUACAGAAAGUAU